AUGACCGGUAAAAGUAUUAUUGUACUUGGGGUGCUUAUCGUUCAAGGUGAUGGAGGCGUUGGAACCAUCAAGAAGAUUCACCUCGGUGAAGGAAGUGAAUACAGUUACGUGAAGCAUCAGAUUGAUGGACUUGACAAAGACAACUUCGUUUACAACUAUAGCAUAGUCGAAGGUGAUGCUAUUGGGGACAAGGUUGAGAAUAUCUCUUACGAGAUUAAGUUGGUGGCAUCUCCAAGUGGAGGCUCUAUUAUCAAGAGCACCAGCCACUACCACUGCAAAGGAAAGGUUGAGAUCAAGGAAGAGCAUGUCAAGGCCGGAAAAGAAAGAGCCGCUGGUUUGUUCAAGAUCAUUGAGAACCACCUUUUGGCCAACCCUGAGGCCUACAACUAAAUCAAACUAUGACAAUGCUACAGCAUUAUCCUGUUUUGUGUUUUCUUCUUGUAAUGCUGUGUUGUUUUUGAUAUUUUUCCU